AUGGCUCCCGUUACAGGAAUCGCCUGCUCGCACGCAGUGUCGCUACGGCUGGGCUCGUCCGCAGCCGCCUCGUCGUCGUCGUCUUUCCGCACCGGCGAGCCUCGCCAAACCGCUCGCAUCGCGUCACGUAGAAACCGAGGGCAUGGCGCCGCUAGGAAAGGUCGUCUGGUGGCCAUGGCUGGUAGACAAGACGACUCAGGAAGCAAUAAGGACGGGGCGGGAGCGGGAAUGACGUGGGUGAGCCCUGAUUGGCUGACGUCGUUGUUCGAGAAGCUGCGCGGCCCCGACGACUCGGGCAUUCCCGUGGCGGACGCGAAGCUGGACGACGUGAAGGACCUGCUGGGCGGCGCGCUCUUCCUGCCGCUCUUCAAGUGGAUGCUCGAGUCCGGCCCCGUCUACCGGCUGGCGGCGGGGCCGCGCAACUUCGUGAUAAUCGGCGAGCCGGAGGCGGCGAAGCACGUGCUGCGGGGGUACGGCGCGAUAUACGCCAAGGGGCUCGUGGCGGAGGUGGCGGAGUUCCUCUUCGGCUCGGGCUUCGCCAUCGCCGAGGGCGACCUCUGGACCGCGCGGCGGCGCGCAGUGGGCCCGUCGCUGCACAGGCGGUACCUGGAGACGAUGGUGGCGACGGUGUUCGCGAGCAGCACGCAGCACCUCGUCGACAAGCUGCGCGGGACCGCGGCGCGCGGCGAGGAGGUGAACAUGGAGGCGAUGUUUUCGCAGCUGACGCUGGACGUGAUCGGACUCGCCGUGUUCAACUUCCAGUUCGACUCGCUCUCCACCGACUCCCCGCUCAUCCAGGCCGUCUACACCGCGCUCAAGGAAACCGAGUCGCGCUCCACCGACAUCCUCCCCUACUGGCAGGUGCCACUGCUGUGUGCGAUCGUGCCGCGGCAGCGCAAGGCAGCGGAGGCGGUGAGGGUGAUCCGCGAGACGGUGGAAGAUUUGGUGGCGCAGUGCAAGCGCAUUGUGGAGGAGGAGAACGAGCGCAGAGGGGACGACGAGGAGUACGUCAACGAGAGCGACCCCUCCAUCCUGCGCUUCCUCCUCGCCAGCAGGGAAGAGGUGUCGAGCGUGCAGUUGAGGGACGACCUGCUGUCCAUGCUGGUGGCGGGCCAUGAGACCACGGGCUCCGUGCUCACCUGGACCGUCUACCUCCUCGCCCAGCAUCCCGAGAAGAUGGCCAAGGCACAGGAGGAGGCGGAGAGGGUGCUGGGGGGGAAGAGCCACCCGAGCCUGGCGGACACGAGGGAGCUCAAGUACCUCACGCGCUGCAUCAACGAGUCCAUGCGCCUCUACCCCCACCCGCCGAUCCUGAUCCGGAGGGCAGUGGUGAGCGAUGUGCUACCGGGGGGGUACAAGGUGCAGCCGGGGCAGGACAUGAUGAUCUCCGUCUACAACAUCCACCACUCGCCGCAGGUGUGGGAGCGGGCGGAUGAGUUCAUGCCGGAGCGAUUUGACCUCGAUGCGCCCGUGCCCAACGAGGUCAACACCGACUACAGGUACAUCCCGUUCAGCGGCGGCCCGCGCAAGUGCAUAGGGGACCAGUUUGCGAUGCUGGAGGCCAUCUGUGUGCUGUCGGUGCUCCUCCGCGAGUUUGACUUCGCGCUCGUGCCCAACCAGGACAUCAGCAUGACCACUGGCGCCACCAUCCACACCAAGAAUGGGCUUUAUAUGACUGUCAAGGAGCGUGCAAGAUCACCAGUUCCUGCAUGA